AUGCCACACUGUUUGUUCAUGUCCCCUAAGUGUUGCAUCUUCAAAACCCCCACUAUUCUCUCUAGGCAUAACAAACAAGCUUAUAUCUCUGAUGCAUUUUCUAUUGGACCUCUCCAUCAUGGCCGUCAAAACUUGAAAGCCAUGGAAAAGAUUAAAGCCAAAUAUUUACAAGAUCUUAUUGAUCGAUCACCGAUUCCGUCCAUGAAGUUGAGAGAGCUCAUCAAUUCUAUCCAGGCUGUGGAGAAUGAGGCCAGUGAGUGUUAUGCUGAUCAAAUUCCUUACACGCCAUAUGAAUUUACAGAAAUUUUGGUAAUUGAUGGCUGCUUUAUUCUUGAGUUGUUCUACAGGGAUGCCUACCGCGAUAUUAAAGACAGAUAUAAAAUAGAUGACCCUGUUUUCACCAAGCCUUGUAUGCUCCAAUUUCUACAGCAUGACUUGAUAUUGCUUGAAAACCAAGUACCUUGGAUGGUAUUGGAGCUUUUGUUCCACAAGACCAGGGAUCCUGGACACCAAAUGACCCUGAUUGAACUUGCCACUUCAUUUUUUACUGACAUGUUUUCAUCCAAAAUGCCUUCUCCAAAUGACUCUGUUCGAGACGUGAAGCAUAUUCCAGACUUGCUGAGAAAAUGGUUGAUUUCAACAUCUAGAGGAGAGGAAGAAAGUGGGUUAGAAUGGAAACUAAUGCCAAAAUGGUUGGUUUCAACAAAUACAGAACAAGAUCAGGAAGAAGGCGGGUUAGAUUUGAAACUCGUGCCUUCUGCUACGAGUCUCGUAGAGGCUGGAAUCAAAUUAAAAAGGGACCGUCUGAUAAAUGCAUCUUAG